CACGAAUAAACGUCGAUCACUCACCUGCUUCACAUCCAUGCGAGCUGCUCCGAGGUGCCGAUGUGCUUUUCUCCCGAGUCAACAUGGGUUUCUGCCGUCUGCCAUUGUAACUGCGGGUCAUAAACCGGCUUCUACCGGCGCCUCCCUGGUGGACACUUUGGCCCUGCACGUCUCUGGUUCUGCAAAAGGAUAAACUGCACAAAUGAGACCGUUACGGACCUUCAGUGUCAUGGUCCUCUCUGUAGCUCUCGUCCUCUUUCUUGUCUAUACCAACUUUCGCUCCGAGAGCAGGCAUCUGGACUUGGAGGACCUGAAGCGCUUGAGUAACAGAGCCCAAGAGCAGAAUGUGAAGGCCAAGGCUACUGCCGGGCCCGCUGGUUCCCCCAAUAGUUCUAUUUCUGAACGGCUGAAAAAGAUCAUCCCUCAGAACCGAGGCUACUGGAACCGACUGCUGUACUCGUCUCUACACCAACUGGACACUGAAAAGCAGUUGUAUACACAAGAGCCAGUCUGGUCCCAGUGCAGAGAGACAAGUCACGAGCGCCUGCGGACCAACGUGUACGACCUGGCAUUGUACCCGCCCAUGUUCCUCGACUUCCUGAAGGGAAUGAACUGCCGUUCUCCUCCGCUGCUCAUCAACCAGCCGCAGAAGUGUUUUGGGGACUCGGUCAACGAGACCUUUCUGCUUUUCGCCAUCAAGUCUAUUCCUGGAAACUUCCUGCAGAGACAGGCAGUGCGGGAGACCUGGGGCCAGGAGAUCAGCGGGAGACGCAGCAUCAGGUUGGUGUUCCUCCUGGGGACGUCCUUGGAGGAAGACCCCGAUAUCAACCUGCUGCUGCAGUUUGAGGCCCGACACUAUCGAGACAUCCUGCAGUGGGACUUUCACGAGUCUUUCUUCAACCUGACGCUCAAGCUCAACAUGUUCCUGCAGUGGUCGCUCAAGUUCUGCUCGCAUGCUUCCUUCGUCUUCAGCGGGGACGACGACGUCUUUGUCAACACGCCUGCGCUGCUGCGGUACCUCCAGUCUCGGAAGCCGCCACUCACCAGUCGCUUGUACACCGGACACAUCAUCAGGCAGGCGACUCCCGUCCGCGACCCCAAGAGCAAGUACUACAUUCCUCAGAGCUUCUACGAUGGGCCAUAUCCCGCGUACGCCGGCGGCGGAGGCUACCUCAUCUCGGGUGAUCUUCUCAAGCCUCUCUACUCUGUCUCACUGACCGUUCCCUUCAUGCCCAUCGACGACGUCUACAUUGGCGUGUGUGUGAAGGCACUGGACGUGUCUGCAGAGAACCAUCUGGGGUUUCAGACAUUCGAUAUCAAAGAGAACGACAGAGAGAACCUCUGCGUUUACGAGAACCUGAUCCUGAUCCACCGCCGCACCCCGCAGCAGGCCAAGAAGCUGUGGAAGGGGAUACACAGUCCGCUGUUGACCUGUUGACCGUCGCCCUUCUCCACCGUAAAACUAUUUCUUCCUGUUUAUUUCUUCUUUUUCUUAAGUUGGUCAGAAGGGAAAUGCAUGUAUGGUGCUGCUGUUCGAAAUACACGUUUUGGGCAUUCUUUUGAAGUGUGUUCUCCAUGACACGUUGUUGUGUUUCUCACAGAAAUUCUCUUUGUCUCGGUACUGUGCGGAGAGAGGUUGUUUGUAGCGCCACUGGCUGUGUUCUGUCAGUUUUUAUUUGGGGUUAAAUUGUGUUUGUGUGAGAGCCCUCCAAGAUAUUUGUAGCUAAAUCUGUGUGGGGGUAAUCAUUCACUUAUGUCCGUGAACUAACACAUUGGAUGGCAUUACGAGGGACUUAUUUGCAAUUGUCAUUUAGUGACACCAAUAUGAGUCUGAUAAUAGACCAGGAGCUUGAGAUACGAACGUCACAAUGGCUUUCACAAACCGCUGGGACGUGUCGGGUACGGCAACUCAUUAGGGACAACUUUCAUGCCGUACACUUUAUUUACAGUUGAAUGGUUCAAUGUUAACAUGUUUCAUUUACGGUUGAUGUUUACAGGCGUAUAUGCGUAUAUAGUGCAGAUUGUGGAUGGAUAUUGGGGGAGGAGGCGUGGCUUACCUGCAGCUGGGUUGGUAGUAAGGAGUGGAGCCACAAUUUUUUUUACCUCUAAUUUUUGUUCGACUUGGGCCAUUUUUGUCGCGGUCAUCUGCUUUGUUUUGCACAAAUGAAGCUGUAUUGUAAUAUGUGGCAUCAAAGAAGGAAAUCAAAAUGUUACGAGCGGAUUGUAUACGGAUUAUCAUUCUCGAUACGGAGGUGGAAGACGAUGGAGAUGAGCGUCAAGCACAAGGCUCCGCAAAUAAGGACAGGAAUUGAUGAUGAUAAAAAUGCUAUCUUUUAAUCACAAGAAGUACAUCCCACGCCAAUCUGCACCUACUGUCUUACUUCGGGUGCCUGGACGGCAUCUGUCAAAUUCAGUUCCACGAACCACAGUCAUGUCCCUGCCAUCUACUUCUGUUUCUUUUGGGAUUCAUAUGGUUAGAAAUAACCCAAACCCACCAUCAGCCGAUGCGCUUCUGUGUUGCGUUUGCUGCUUGUAGCGAUGCUGAAUAUUGGAAUGGUUUUAGCGAUUCCUUUAUUUCCGGGUUUGGAGUACGAGUUUGACAAUCGGAUCUCUACAUAUCUGUGCUGCAUUGAGGGUGACAUUAUGAUCAUCUCCAGGCUUCUUUUCUUGGCUUCUGACAGACAAAUAUUUUGAAAAUCCAUAUGUAUGUGGCCCCGCUAAGCUAACAGAGGUGUUGUGAAGUGACCAGAGAGCUGGAAACCCUGAGGUUCACUCCAGAAUAACAAAAACCAACAGACGUUCUCUAUCCAAACGAUCAACACAUUGCUGCAUGUCCUUCUUCUUUUUAUAGCCCAUGCAAUAAUCUAGUGGCGGAGAACUGAAAAUUCUCUGCUACAGAAUGGUCAGAUAUAUUAUAACUGGUGAAAAAAAAUUAGUCACUGAAAUUAAAUAAUGCCGUGUGAUGCGAUCACGCAGUCAAACAACAUGCAGCGCAGCCUGCACAAUGAUUUUCUCUUCAAAUAACGCGAGGCAAUAACAUUUUUGAGGCGCAGAGGCAGACAAGCUCUGGCAACCCACUCCACCAUUCUCUGUGGCUUCUUUGUACAAACCUGGCAACCCAAUCCCCCACUUCAUCUGUGACAUACUGGUGACCGAACAGGAGUGGUUCAACACAAGUGGAAAUGAUUUAGAUUUUCCGACUCAUGUACCACAUGUUUCCUCUUUAUUGGAUCUUUGUUGUCCAUGGUGUCAAGUAUCAAGCGUGGCCUGACCAUCCUCAUGACUGGAGCCUUCUGCUUACAUUAGCCUGUUCAGUGUGGUUUUGCUUGAAAAACUAAUAUAAAUGGAAAAAGUUUCUGCUCUUUUUUUUUUUUUAAAAGAAAAGGCGAAAAUGUUUUUUUAGAGAAGUAUAUCAAAAUAUUCAAUCACCUAAACAUUCCUUUGAAAAAUGUAUAAAAAUGUAUUCUAGACUAUUUAUGCAACAUUAAAAAAAGUAAAUACAU